CAGACACGUUUUCUCGUUUUCCCGUCCAGCGCGUCCUUCUCAGGACAUCAGUAACCAGGAAGUAAGACAUGAACUCGCUAGUCAAGCCCUCGGUCAUUUGAGUGGGUGAAAUUAGGACUCGAACUCAGUACAUCUUAAACUGUGUUUGUCUGUGUGGCUGAUCGUGUCAUGAUUUAUGACUUUGGGGCUCGUUGUGUCUUAUCAUGAGGAGUUACAUGAAUGUCCAGCUGAUGUGACAUAUGCUUGUUACAGCUCAGGAUGAGUAAAGAACUGGAGGAGUUCUCUCCCAUAGGCGACUGGGUUCAUGAUGAUGGGUCCGAGGAGGAAACGGAGGAGGAUGACGAGCCCAAAAUUUGUCAAGUAUGUGGUGACAAAUCCACAGGCUACCACUUUAACGCCAUGACCUGUGAGGGCUGCAAAGGCUUUUUCAGGCGUGCCAUGAAGCGACCUACACAGUUCUGCUGCCCGUUUCAGAACGCCUGUGUUAUCACCAAGAGCAACAGGAGGCAGUGCCAAUCCUGUCGACUCCAGAAAUGCCUCUCGAUUGGAAUGAAGAGAGAGUUGAUUAUGUCAAAUGAAGCUGUGGAGAAACGGAGGUUACAGAUAAGGAGAAAGAAGUUGCAGGAGGAGCCCGUAAUGCUUUCCCCACAACAGGAAGCUGUCAUCCAGGAGCUGCUCACUGCACAUCAAAAGAACUUUGACAUGACCUGUGCUCAAUUUAUUCAGUUUCGGCCUCUAGAUCGGGAUCAAAAAGCCAUCACUGUGCACAAUCAAGAACCAAACAGCAGCAAGUACUCCCAUUUAACCAUGCGCAAACAUGAGCCUGAAGAUUCAGUGAAGAUGUCCAUCAGCUUCACCUCCCCCUCGUCCACUUCCUCCAACUCUCAGCAACCUCAGAAUAAAGAAAUGAAGCCGCUUACCGGUGCCAUCUUCACAUCUCUGCCACAUUUUACAGACCUCACCACGUACUUGAUCAAGAACGUCAUCAACUUCGGCAAGGCACUUACAAUGUUCAGGGCUCUGAUUAUAGAGGACCAGAUCUCACUGCUGAAAGGUGCGACCUUUGAGAUCAUUCUAAUUCACUUCAACAUGUUCUUUAAUGAGACGACAGGCAUUUGGGAGUGCGGCCCGCUGCAGUACUGCAUGGAUGACUGCAUGCGAGCUGGUUUUCAGCGCCAUCUGCUGGACCAUAUGAAGAAUUUCCAUUACGCACUGCGUAAACUGCACUUGCAUGAAGAGGAGUAUGUUCUGAUGCAGGCUAUCUCACUUUUCUCACCAGAUCGCCCUGGUGUAACUCAUCACAGUGUGAUUGACCGGAACCAGGAAAUACUUGCCCUCACCCUGAAAACCUAUAUUGAGGCCAAAAGGACAGAGCCAGAGAAACAUCUGCUGUACCCAAAGAUCAUGGCGUGCCUGACUGAGAUGAGGAGUAUGAAUGAAGAGUACACAAAACAGGUGUUGAAAAUCCAGGACAGUCAGCCAGUGCCACCGCUUUUGUUGGAAAUUGUAAGCAAAGACAGUUAAGCCUUUACAGAGCUGAUGCGACUCUAAAUACAGGCCUUGAAAUCUUAAGCACGCUAUCAGUAGCUGUGCAUAUUUGUGCUGCUUUUACCUUCAACUGAGGAUGUUAAAGAUUGAGAAGCAGUCCAAACUAUCAAGGACAAGACUUUGUGCCUACUGACACUGAACUACUGAACAGCAGAAUAUUGUACAGUAUAUUGUGAAAUAGUAUUUUUAUAAUUGGUGUUUUGUCUCACUGAAUGUAACCGUAUUGCGUUUUAAUAUGACGAGCAGUCUUUUUCCUGAGUCUGUUCACAAAAGAACAAUUUAUGUGGGUUCAUAACCCAAUGGAGGAUGGCACAAAUGAUCGCUUACAUUUAGAAGCCUGAAAUGAGCGGAUAUUAUAAAGGGAUAGUUCACCCAAAAUAAAAUUCUGUCGUAAAGUACUCACCCUCCUGUCAUUCCAAACUUGUAUGGCUUUCUUUUAUCAUGUAGAACACAAAAGGAGAUUUUAGGCAGAAUGAUCAGCUACCAUUCACUUUCAUUGUAUGGAAAAUGAAAAUGCAAUUAAAUUGAAGAGCGACUGAGACUGUCAGUCACUAACGUUCUGCAUAUCAUCUUCUUGUAUUCCACAGAAGAAAGAAAGUCAUAGGGUUUUGAAAUGACACAAUGGUGUGUAAAUUAAAACGUAACUAGAAUUUUAUUUAUGGUUGAACUAUUCCUUUAAGAUUUUAUAUAAAUGUUCCUAGGAAUUGUUCAUCUGUUUUAAUUUACCACCUUGAUAACAUCCCAAGGCUUUUCUGUUGUAAACUUUGAAGGGUAUACAAUGAAUAUCCUGUAAGAGAGACCAUUACUAUGGCAGCAAAGAUCACAAUGUGUCAAAUCAUAGCUAUAAAACUACAAUGUGACGCAUACUAGUCAUUUGUGUUCAUGGUCUGUUGAUAUGUCUUGAGAAAUCUGUUUAUUUAUUACUAGUUUUUAAACACAAAUAGUGGUGUAAGUAGACCUCUUAGGUCUAUUGUGUUCAGGUUACAUAUAGAAAAUAUAAGUGGCAAUGUCUGAUGUUAGUAGUGACAUUUCAUCCAGACAUUUAAGAAUAUUAACGUUCUUAUGGGGUGAAUUUCAUGAAGAACAUGUCCAGGUCAUAUUUCACCCCAGAAAAUAAGUAAAUAAUAAUGGGGGGACCCAGACAAGCUUUGUGAGAUUCACCCAAUGAUGUGUGGUUGUGUAUCAGAAGAGAUGUAGCUAGUCAUUCAUGUCUGUUGUGAACUUCUUCAAAACGUACUUAUUUUAUACUGUAUUUAGUGUAAUGAAUGUCUACAUUUUUAAGAGAGCACAAGAUACUUUCUCGGUAAGUGAAUGCCUUUAAGUGCUUUUACUGUGUCAGUUGUGAGACAUUACUAAAUCUUUUUCACUCGGCGCACAUUCGGGAUUUGAGAUCCUAUUCAUAAGCUAAGAGCAGAUUUUGCUGAACAGAUUUCAGAAUGGAAUUUACAGGUAAUUCAGACCUUUUCUGGCUCUUUUCAUUUUGGCUUUAAAACUAAAACAGUUCACGACAAUCGGUGUGAAAAUGAACUAGUGUCAUAUUUACAAUGCGACAACCUGUAUGCAUCAAAUAAAAGCAGUAAGAGUAUUUGGAUGCUAGGUAUCAUUCAACAUGUUUUCAAAUGCCUGUUGUUUGUUGUUUAGUGGCAUGUAGUGCAGAUUAAUCAGAUGCAUUAAUUUAUCCUUAUGUAAACCGAUGACGAAUCCCAGAACUUGUGUCACAAAAUGACCACAUAAUACACUCAGGUUAUCAAUAUUUUACUCUGGUUAGCAUGUGCCCUUCUCAG